GGAAAAAGCCGUAUCGCGUGCAUUGAAGCCGAUUUCGUGGGGUUUUUUUGCGCGUUAAGCAUUUUAUUUUCUUACGGGCACACAUAACAGUCGCGAAAGGUGUGCAAGGUUCGAUUCGAGGCUUUGUUUGCACUUGCAGUGAGAUGCAUACACGCUUGCUGCUUCUAUUUGGCGUUGUGCUGUUCACGUGUUGCACCCUAUCCACUGGAGUGUUCUUCAAUCAUGGUGGCACACAUUUAGGUUCAUUGAAGCAUAUUUUCCGAAAGUAUGCCCAUCUGCUCGAGUCGGAUCGUCGACUAUCGCCUGUUAUUUUCGUACCAGGCGAUGGCGGAAGUCAGAUGGAUGCAAUGAUCGAUAAGCCCAGCAAGGUGUCGAUCCUCUGCCAGAAGCACACCACCACUUUCUUCAACAUUUGGCUUAACAAAGAGCUGUUGUUGCCACUCGUGAUCGACUGUUGGAUCGAUAACAUCCGGCUGGAGUAUGAUAAUGUAACGCGCACCUCCCGUAACGCUCCCGGCGUUGUAACACGCGUACCAGGCUUCGGUCAAUCGGAAACGGUCGAAUGGAUCGAUCCGUCUCACGCGUCGGUCGGUGCGUACUUCGUCAACAUUGCCAAUGCGCUCGUCGCAAACGGUUACGUACGGGACAAAUCAAUCCUUGGCGCUCCGUAUGACUUCCGGAAGGGACCAACUGAACAUAAGGAGUAUUUUCUCGCGCUAAAAUUCUUGGUCGAGCAGACGUACACGCUGAACCAUGAUACACCGGUUACGUUCAUUGUGCACAGCAUGGGCGCUCCGAUGACGUUACACUUCCUGCAACAGCAAACGGCCGAUUGGAAAGCGAAAUACAUCAAACGCGUCAUCUCGCUAGCCGGGGCCUGGGCGGGCAGUGUCAAAGCCCUUAAGGUGUACGCGAUCGGAGACGAUCUGGGUGCGUUCGCACUGAGCGGCAAGGUGAUGCGAGCCGAACAGAUCACUAACCCUUCGCUGGCAUGGCUGCUACCGUCACCAUUGUUCUGGAAACCGAACGAGGUGCUCGCACGUACCCAAUCACGCACCUACACGAUGAGUCAGAUGGACGAGUUUUUCGACGAUCUGGACUUCCCGGAUGGUUGGGAAAUGCGCAAAGAUGCACUUCCGUACGCACUUAACUUUACCGCACCUGGGGUCGAGUUACAUUGUCUGUACGGAAGCAACAUUAACACGGUCGAAUCCUUGGAUUAUCAAAAAUCGUACGAUCUCAGUGGUACUCCUGUGUUGAAGAUGGGCAAAGGUGACGGUACGGUAAAUGCCCGUUCGCUCGAAGCAUGCCAGCAGUGGACAAAGCAACAGAAGCAACCGAUAGUUUCAAAAGAGUUCCCCGGAGCCGACCAUAUGAGCAUACUGGCCGAUGUGAAUGUUAUCGAUAACAUUGUGAAGGUGUUGCUGGCGGAUCUGUCAAACUAAACAACGCAGACCAAAGAUGAACGGUGUUAUCGAUGGAGAGCUGCUAUUCCCUGUGCUACCAUAGAUCAUAUCCCGUAGCUCGGCUAUGUUCAACCCUAAACCGAUGGAGGAUACUCACCAAGAAUACUUUAAUCCUCGACCAUAAAGACUAAAUAGACCAAAUGUGAUUAAUAAUUUUUAAACGCGUUCGUACGCUUUGAUUGAUUGAAGCACAGUUUGCUAACCGUCAUGAAUCUCAUCCCUGCCCGUUUUGAUGUUGUGCAUUUACCGUGCUGCAAGGUUAAAUAAGUUCAAUAAAGUAAACUCAAGUUGAAGUUUCAACGGAAACCUGUAAGCUGUCUUCGUUUUACGUUUCGAGACGACAACUACAAACUCGAUUGCGAUUGCACAAUUCGGCAACUGUAGUGACGUGUGUGCGUAUAUUACCGUACAAAAUAACCAAAGCUAAUUGGAUGGCACUGGGGUUUGGAAUGAGGAGUACAACAUCUGUCGAUAGUGACCUUUUCAAUUGCGAAGUUUCUCUGCUAGAAUUUGCGGGAUGUAGAACCUGUGUACCGGAGACGGUUCCGGUGGGAAUACCAGAAUGAGAUAGUAUGAAUUGCGUGCAGUUUACGUAACAUAUCCCACAGGCAAUUGGAUGGGUCUUGGAUAUAUCCUGAGCAGUAUGGCAUUUAGAGAAACAUACGCGGGCAGGUCGUCUAAUGGCGAAGGAAUACAUUUCUGUUUCGAGUACGACACGACGAUAAGGUGGUAUUUAAGAAAUAUUACUUUAUAAUGCAAUUCCCGAGGCACUUUUCAAGAAACAUAAAUUAAAAUUAACCAACCGCUAAGUUCCUUAUCCAGAAAAUAGUUUACAGAAGUGUUUAAAGACCUAAAAGAUGCGACCAAUUUACGGCAGCUCUACUCUAGCAUAGCUGCAACACGAUUACCCAAUAAAGC